CUGUUCUCUUCCCUCAUUGUUUCCAGUUCUGGCGAGUCCCACUUCACGGUGAACCAGCAACCCUUCCUCUACUUCCAAGUGCUGUUCCUGACUGCACAAUUUGAAGCAGCCAUCGCCUUUCUCUUCCGCAUGGAGCGGCUACGCUGCCAUGCUGUCCACGUGGCCCUGGUGCUGUUCGAGCUGAAGCUACUUUUAAAAUCCUCGGGGCAGAGUGCUCAGCUCCUUAGCCAUGAGCCUGGUGACCCUCCCUGCAUACGGCGGCUGAACUUUGUGCGUCUGCUCAUGCUCUACACCCGCAAGUUUGAGUCCACAGAUCCUAGGGAAGCCCUCCAGUACUUCUACUUCCUCAGGGACGAGAAAGACAGUCAAGGGGAAAACAUGUUUCUGCGCUGUGUGAGUGAGCUGGUGAUAGAAAGCCGAGAGUUUGAUAUGAUUCUUGGGAAACUAGAGAAUGACGGAAGUAGAAAGGUGGGUUAAAUGUAUCCCUGAAGAAAUGUUAGCUUACAUUUGGGAAACGUUAAUUGUCAGAAGAAUAGAGUUCUGUCGAAAGACUCGGGUGCUAGAGAUGUACAUCUGA